AUGUCGCGUCCCGAGCACUUGGCACCACCAGAAAUUGCAAAACUACUGAACCUCCCACCAAAUACCACAUGCUACAUACUUGAUAUUGGAUGUGGAUCGGGACUAAGUGGUGAAAUAAUUGAAGAGGAAGGGCAUGUGUGGGUCGGAAUGGAUAUAGCUCCUUCGAUGCUGAUAGAAGUGGCACUAGAAUGUGAAGUUGAGGGUGACUUGUUCUUGCAAGAUAUUGGGCAAGGAAUGGCUUUUCGGCCCGGUACUUUUGAUGGGGCCAUUAGUAUUUCAGUCCUUCAAUGGUUGUGUAAUGCUGAUCAUUCAUCACACAAUCCAAAAUCACGUCUCACACGAUUCUUCUCCACGCUAUACUCAUCACUACGACGUGGCGCACGAGCAAUCUUUCAGUUCUAUCCAGAGAAUGACGCACAAUGUGAAUUGAUUAUGAACGUGGCAAUGCGUUGUGGAUUCGAGGGAGGUCUGUUAAUCGAUUAUCCAAAUAGUAAAAAAGCGAAAAAGUAUUAUUUGUGUUUGUUUGCGGGAAGCCAGGCGGGAAAAGUGGAAAUGCCGAAAGCGUUGGGUGAAGAUGAAAGGGAGGUGGAAGAUGACGUUGAUGAUGAACCGAGUCAAGUAGCUUACUCUAAUGAAAGAAUUAAAGAUCGACGAAAAAACAGUUCAAAACAACGAAGAAAAUCUGUCAAAGACAAAGAUUGGGUAAUACACAAAAAAGAAGUUGCACGAUUACGUGGCCAGAAUAAUGUUCCAGCUGAUUCAAAAUAUACCGCACGGAACAGAAAACCUAGAUUCUAA